ACGAAUGCUCCUGCUGGGCUCAGUAUAUUUGCGAUGGUCGUACGGCGAUGAGCUAAAGCAAGACUCGGGCGCUACCGAAAAACUUUCCGGUCGUGGUGAGGAACAAUAAAUCGUUAAUUCGUUGCUGAAGUUCUUAGUUUUCCACCCAAAAGCACGGGGAUGAAGGAUAUUUUCAACGGUGUAGAACAGGGAAAGCUGUGGAAAUAUGUACGAUUGCUGAUUUUGUUGAUUUCAAUUCUGUGCCAAGCUGAAGGAUUACCGAAGGUUUUUCGGAGUAACGAUAUAUGCGGAGUUUAUAAUGGUCAUCGAGUGUAUCUGGAGCUCGGAGAUCGUGGGCAGCUGCAGGCCACCAAUGUGACUAUAUCGAAAGAUACGAAUCAAACCACACCUUCCAGCUGUAGCUUAGAGCUGGUAACCUGCCCAUCGUGCAACUUCAAAAUCUCUCUAAGCUAUUCUAACUUUCCUACCAAAUGUCCGAAUCAUAAUGCACUGCCGUGUCGCUGUGAUUAUCUGGAAUUCUCCGAACCUCCGUUCGAUGUGGAGCAAUCCGGUCGACGAAACUGUGGCCGCGACGUUGUCUACCAAACCCAGACACGUUCGGUGCUGAUCCGCUUUCUCUACUGGAACAAUCAUACCCACGCGUUCACCUUGGAAUACGUUGCAGAAAGAAAUCGUGAAACACUGCAAGCUAAUCCGGGUGGUAUACAUAACCUCACCAGGGCUCACAUCAAAUCGAUCACUACGCCAUAUUUUCCGUCCUACUAUCCCAGGGACUUCGGCAAGGAAUAUGUGUUGAAUUGUAACGUGGACGAAUGUAGGAUAAAUGUUAUUUUCAGCGAUUUUCAUCUAGCGAAAACCUCUACGAUGGAAUUUUACGAUUGGAAUGGCCAGAGGCUCGUUGCUACAUCGGGGGUCAGUUUUCGUCCACCUGUGGUGCAAAGUAGUGGACCCUCGAUGAUUAUACGAUUUUAUGCAAAUGGGGGGUCUGCCUUAGGCUACAGAGCGUUGGUUUCAUUUCUGACAAUCGAAAGCGCCUCGAAUCCUGUUAUGCAACCGGAUACAAACUGUGGUGGAAUGGUGGAAAACAUUGGUGGGGCGAUUACGAUGAUGAAAAUGGUUCCCGGCGAGGCAGACACGAAAAUAUAUGAUUGCAUCUGGCUGGUGAAACCUCCGAAUACGUACGCUCAUCUUAAGACUCACCUGAUGCUGAAGAUUGAUACGUUCGAUAAGAUGGGACCGAAUUCCAUGCUCACGUUGGUGCAGGGAACGAUUUCGGACAACGCCAUUCUGGAUGUGGUUCGGCCAAGCUCAGGAACCAAUGGUAAGAGUUAUGUAGUGCCUUUGACUUCGGGCUUUUAUGUUCAUCUUAGAGCAACCUUUGGGUAUAUGUCAAGGAUGGCACUGGUGUAUGCGGCGUUCAGCUAUUUAGAUUGUUACAUGGGUACCGAAUUCCUCUGCGAAAAUCGCAAAUGUAUACCCAUUCAGCUGCAUUGUGAUGGAUUCGAUCACUGUGGAGAUGGAAGCGAUGAGCCGGAAUCCUGCGAAGCUCAGUGGGAAAGUGAACCAAUCGAUCGGCGGUGGUAUUCGCACACUCCGAAUUACUACUUCCCAAAAAUUGAUCGUUACCCAGAUCUACGAACGGCGACAUUCAUUUUCAUUGCCACCUCGCUUGGCCUCAUCAUGCUGGUGUCUGCUUUCAUAGUUCUUCUUUCCCGCAGUGGAAAUCGCGCCAGACAACAACGGGAACUUCAAAGUCAGCUGCAAACAAUCAGUGAGUUAUUGGUAACUGUCAUUCAAGCAGAGAACAACGACACACGCGGCGCCGAGGAAGUAGAUGAUCCCCCAAUGUAUGAAGCUCCGCCUGAUUAUGAUGAAAUAAUUAAAGUGGGAAUGGAUGAAGAUAUGAAGCGCAAACGUAAAAGACAUUCUUCAUCAGCUUCAGGACGACGGAGUCGGGCAAGGCGAUCCCGCCGGCCAAGCGAAAUUUCAAACAGUCAACAUCCAAUUCUCGAAGUACGACUACCGUCGGAGGAGGCGAGCGAUGGACCGUCGACUAGUGUGACACCACCCCCUACCAAUCGAGACGAAAAUCAACAGAUUUAUUACGAGGAAUGUGACGAUGCCCAUGGAACGAACUGGAUUCAUUCGGAGCCGGAUUUUUUCAUCUCGACUCGCAUUGUCGAAGAUCCAACGACGUCUUCGGCGAACCAAAGCCAGGACAAUGGCUACCAGGUGCCUGGAAGAGCAUCAUCCAGCGGAAAUACGAACUCGUCGUCGAAUUAUGAUGACUCGCAGUUUGCCGGCAACAGCGGCCACCAGAACGCAUCGAACAGAGCUUCCAGUUCAGAUGUCCUCUCGGAGGUUAUUGACGUUACACUAGGGUCAAACGAAAUGCCUCAACAGGCGAUCGAACGUUUGCCUCCUCCUCCCCUCCAUAUUAAUCACAGUAACAUCAAUGGCUCGAAGGCCGCUCACAGGCUACGACAUAUGUGGAACGAGAAUGCGCGUUUUCAACGACCCUGGUUGGCUUUCGACAACGAUGACCGUCCGACAGCUGUAGCUCCACCCUGCUCUACUUCAGCGACUAUUUCUAACAUACAGAACAUCUGCGCAACCGGGACAUAUGAUCCAGUCAAUUCACGUCAGAUUGAAGAAAAGGAUGACCAUUUGCUCGCUUCCGGAUAUACCUCGAAUGAGGAAUUGAGAUCUUGUAAUGCAUUCUGCGAUUGUUAUGAUUCCGGAACAUCAUGCAUGCCAACAACAUCCACGUCCAUAACAAAACCAUGUCUUGAUUCCUCAACUGGAUUCAAUGAUUAUAUCGUCCGAGACUACACUUGCUGCGCGGAAAGAAACCGAAUCCCAAUGAACAUGUGCUCCAGUUGCGGAGGCAAAAUUUCAAUCCAGGAUAGUCCAAGUCCUGGUAGCUCAUCAGAUCCCAAAAUUAUGAGCGUUAACGGUGAAGGUCAGCCGCCCAUUCCGGGAUCCGCCGUUAGAUUGUGCAACUGUUUCCCGAAGUUUCCCUCGCAGAAGAAUGUGGUGCGAUCGGGUCUUAGGUCAUCAAGACCCGGGUCCCUCGAUCAGAUCGAAUUUGACGGACAGCGACAAACCGUUGCGCAUUUAACCAACAGUUUUGAGGCAUACCUCAACCCACCGAUUGGAAUUCCAAAUCCCAGUAUGCGAAUCUAGGAUUAGUUCGUUUGCAGUUAGUUUAGCAAAAUUAUUAAAGUAUUUAUUCGGAUGUUUCCAGCAAAAUGCGUGAAAUUAUAGAUAAACAUUAUGUAUAUUUAUUUGAUUUUUCUUUGCUUUUUCCGAUAAUAUAUGAUUAUAUCCUUCAUUCUAUCUCAGAGUAAAUAACGAAAAUAUUUCUCUUAUGCGCUAACUCCUGCUGAAAAAUAAGCGAAUCACUGUUGUUUGUGUUUUGUUUUUUUUUGUUAAUAUCCAUUCUACUACAUAUUUAACUAUAACUAUACAUUCACUAGCGUUUUUUUAUCUUGUUUUAUUCUUUUUUGAAAUCAAUCUUAGUCCUAGAAAUGGAAAGGUACAAACUUUGGCUACAAGGGUCGAUUAGAUUUUGGGAAGAGGUUAUCUAUAGAAAGACUUAAACCAAUAUAUAUCUUCCUGGAUCAUAUCGCUAUCAUAAUUGGAUGGUUUAUUUACUUUAUGUAUAGAAAUGUGAUUUCGAGAAUAUAUUGAAUUCCUGUUAAUAUUAUAAUGCUUAUUGCAGUGAAUGGUAUUUACUCUUAAGUAAUUAAAUAUCUAACUACGGUUGACUCAAGUAGAAAACAUUCGUUUCACUAUAACAAUUCAAGGAUACAAAAGAAACUGUAAAUUACAAUAGGACGAAAUAAUUACCUAGCGCCAUUGAAA